AUGAAGUCGAAGGAGAGCCGGAAGCUUCGUCAAACGCUGCUGAGCGAGCUCGAGGGGUUGGAUCGCAGCACUCUUCACAUCAUCACUGCUCUCAAGACUACCGUGUACAUCUGCAAGUCAGAGGCGCCAAUCACCUCCUACGUGGGCACCAUCAAGUUCAUGGCCGAGCUCGGAGUCCCGAACCUUCCCUUGGAUUCCAAGGGAAACUACUUUUCGGAGGAGGCGUUGGCCGCGAAGGAUGCCGCUGAGAAGGUGACGGAGUUCAACAUUAUAGACCAGGCGGUGCGCAACGUGGCGGAGCAGCUUUCUAGGUCGAGCAACUGGCACCGGCGAUUCGAGCACCUUCAGGAGUACAUCUGCGAAACCAACCUGGAGCUGCAGGGGAUCCACGACGUGCGAUGGCUCUCUAGAGGAGAGGCAGUCAAGCGGUUUGCCAAGGUUCUGCCGGCGACAAUCGUCCUGCUGCACGAUUUCAAGCACGCGCUAUACGAAACGGUCACUUCUUUCAAAUUCCACUUCAUGCUUUUCUUCCUUGCAGACAUUCUUGCCGUGCUCAACGAGCUCAACGCCAAGUUCCAGAAGCAGUAG